AUGCUUUCUUCCCGAUUCCUUCGUCAAGCUUUUACUCGACCUACAAAACGUUUUAACUCAACUCUUGCUGGUUUGGAUGCAAGCAAAGUCAAAGUAACAAAAUCUCAAGUUUUAAAACCUUUGGUGGCCAACAAAGAUCUUGUUUUCGGUCACACCUUUACCGACCAUAUGGUCAAUGUCGACUGGAAUGAUAAAGAAGGUUGGUUAGCUCCAGAAAUUCAUCCUUAUUCAAACCUCUCUUUGGCUCCUAGUGCUAUUGUAUUCCAUUAUGCUACUGAAUGUUUUGAAGGUAUGAAGGCUUACAAGGAUAAGAAAGGUAAUAUUCGUCUUUUCCGACCUGAAAUGAACAUGGCCCGUAUGAAUCGAUCCACAGCUCGUAUUGCACUUCCUCAAUUCGAUGGUGAUGAACUGUUGAAAUUGAUUAGUCAAUAUGCAAAAUUGGAUGAACGAUGGAUUCCUUCUGAUCGUGGUUAUUCAUUGUAUUUGCGUCCUACCAUGAUUGGUACUCAAGAAGCUCUUGGUGUCAAUGCUCCUUCCAAUGCUAAAUUGUUCGUUAUUGGUAGUCCUGUGGGGCCUUAUUAUAAGACUGGUUUUAAUGCUGUUAAACUCAUGGCUACUACUGAAUAUGUUCGUGCCUGGCCUCGUGGAACUGGUGAUGCAAAGAUUGGUGGUAACUAUGCUCCUGGUUUAUUACCUCAACGUACAGCUGCUGCUGCUGGUUAUCAACAAAACUUGUGGUUGUUUGGAGAUGAUCAUCAAUUGACUGAAGUGGGUGCCAUGAACUUGUUUGUUUUGUGGAAGAAUGAAAGUAAUGAAUUGGAACUUGUUACACCUCCUUUGGAUGGUGCUAUUUUACCUGGUGUGACCCGUGAUUCCAUCUUGUCUUUGGCUCGUAGUUGGAAUGAAUUCAAGGUAUCUGAACGUAAGGUAACUAUGCCAGAACUUCGUGAAGCCAUCAAACAAGACCGUGUGUUGGAAAUGUUCGGUGCUGGUACUGCUUGUAUCGUUAGUCCUAUCAAGACCAUUGGUUAUAUGGGUGAAGAUUUGAAUAUUCCUUUGGAUCCCAAUGAUUCUACUUCUCAAGCUGGUCCUUAUACCAAACGUUUCAAUGAUGAAAUCAUGGAUAUUCAAUAUGGUGAUAAAGAAAGUCCUUGGUCCGUGGUGAUCUAAUCAAUC